ACGAAAACGUUAUAGGCGGACGGUUUAGUCGCGAUUCGAACACGAACGGAAACGCUUGCUAACUCGUCGUUAUUUUUCUGUUCGAUCGAUCGGGAACAACUCGGCGCGUCUCUUUCGAGCGAAAUUGUGGCGGGACAUUUUAGACGGUAUCGCGUUCGGUAUCGUUGAAGUUGCUCUCUUUGAAGGACAUAUUCGUAUAUGCGUAUAUAAGUACAUAGACACGUGCAUACGUACGUAUACACAUAUAGAUACGUGUACAACGAGACGUCGAUCGGAAAGUAUCUCGGGAAGCCAUGGUUAAGGCGUAUGGGGGUGUAUUGGUGCUAGCAGACGUUCUGCUGUUACUCCUCAAGACACUUUAUUACAUCUGCGUAGGAAUAUAUAGGCUGUUCAUCCCCGUCGAGGAGAAGAACGUGGCCGGAGAAAUUGUUUUGGUGACGGGUGCAGGUCACGGAAUUGGCAAAGAAUUAGCGCUCAAGUAUGCAUCGUUAGGAGCCACCGUUGUUUGCUGGGACAUUAACCAACAAGCGAACGAUGAAACGGUGAACGAAAUUAAACAAAUGGGCGCGACGAAGGCGUACGGUUACAGAUGCGACGUAACGGACAGGGAAGAAGUGUUUAGCGUAGCCGAGAAAAUAAGGAAGGACAUUGGGAACGUAACGAUCUUGAUCAACAAUGCUGGCAUAAUGCCUUGUCGUGCUUUCUUGGAGCAUUCACCCGAAGAGAUCAGACGAAUAUUCGACGUCAAUGUGCUGGCGCACUGUUGGACUGUACAAGCUUUCCUACCCAGCAUGAUCGAGAAAAAUCACGGACAUAUUGUUGCUCUCUCGUCGAUGGCCGGAUUCAUCGGUAUACCCAACUUGGUUCCUUACUGCGCCUCGAAAUUUGCAGUAAGAGGAAUGAUGGAGAGCCUGAACGAAGAACUCGUAACGUUGAACAAGGAUAAGGUUUCUAACAUUAAUUUCACGACGAUCUAUCCUUACAUGGUGGACACUGGCCUUUGCAAAAAGCCGAAGCUCAGGUUCCCAAAGCUCAUGGCGAUGGUUUCACCGAAAGAGGCAGUUGCUGAAAUAGUUAAAGCGCAAAGACGAAACAUUCGUGAGAUAUCCAUUCCCGCGGUUUGGAUCUACGUUAAUUCUUUCGUCAGAUGUGCCCCCGACGAGUGCGCACGUAGCCUGAGAGACUUCGUAGACGCCGGCGUCGAAGCGGAUACUUAACCAAUGUCUGAUAUUCCUAUUCAUGGAAAAGAAAACCUGUCUUGAUUACAAUCCGCACCGAUACUCUUCAAUUGUAAAAACGGACCAGUUUUUCCCCAUUCGUUUAUAUGCACAUGUAAUUAUUACUGUUUGGAAACUUGUGAGAUAAUUUUACGUCAGCUAAGGAAAUAUCUUAAGGUAUUCGUCCCACCGCUAACAUUUACCACUGAUCUUUAGACAGCUUCUACUUUUUUCAUUC